AUGGAAGCCCUACUCCAGAGCCUCGCCGGCGAGUCGUCGUCCUGCAUGACGACAUCCCUGCUGCAGCUGCUGCAGCAGAACCAUCAGCGACGGCAGCAGGAGCAGCAGCGGGAGCAGCAGACGCGUCAGCAGACGAACCUCGACGGGCAGCAGAACCCGCUCCUCCAGCAGCUCGCCCAAGCCGUCCAGGGUGAGGCGAUGCAACGGCAGCCUUCGACCCAGGCCGCAUCCGCCCCCGACGGCUCGUCGACCGAGCAGCAGCAGGCGGCCAUGGCGAGCCUCGUCCGCAACCUCAACGCCAACCCGAGCCUCGCCGCGCCGCUCCUCCAGAUCCUCGAAGAGGCGCAGGAUGCGCAGAGGCAGGCCGACCGGGACGCCCGGCGGCGGCAGGACGCUCUCGGGCCGCGCCAGAUCCCCAACCCGCCCGAGUCGAUCGAGUACCCGACCAUGAGCGCGCUGCUCGACGGCCUCAACGCCUUCUACCGCGACCACGGCGCGGCCGUCGUCAAGAAGUCGGCGUCCAACUACCGCGUCUUCAACGGCAAGAAGCAGCCGUCCUACUACUCGGUCCACUGCGACCGCGGCCCGAAGCGUCCGUCGUCGAGCAAGGGCGCGCGCCGGGCCUCGAGCACCAAGCUCGACUGCCCCUUUCGCAUCGUCGCCGCCGCCACGGCGAAGCACAACUUUAGCUGGAAGUACCGCGUCGUCGUCGCCGAGCACAACCACGGACCCUCCGAGGGACCGGCCGCCCACGCCAUGCAUCGCAGGAGAACGCCGGCCCAGAAGGAGCUCAUGGCCAAGCUGUCGCACUACGACGCCCUCAAGGCCCGCGACGCCGCCGAGAUUGUCCGCACCGCCGCCGGCGGCUCGGCCUUUUUCACCGCAAAGGACGUCUACAACGACCGGCAGCGAGCGAGGAAGGACGCCGGCAUCUCCAAGAACAGGAAGCAGCAGCAGCGGCGGCGGGUGGAGGAGGAGCAGCAGCAGCAGCAACAGCAGCAGCAUCGACACGAGGGGCAGCAGCAGCCGACGGCACGACAACAAGAACAACAAGAACAACAGCCGCAACGGGAACAGCAGGAGGACUAA